GUGUGCAGUGGCAGGUUAGAGUUUUAUAUGUAUUUGAUUAAAGUCCAUAGAAUAAUCUUGAAUGGAUCUAACUGAUUGUACUUCAAUAAAUAGUUUUAAUGUCAAAUAAGUUAGGAUUAUUUUAAUUAAUAGUUUAUCCAUUAAUAAUAAUAUUACUAAUAGAGUUUUUGAAUGUGUGCACUUCAACAGCAUGAACUUCAAAGAACUGCACUUUGCUCGUGCCUUACAGUUCGCAAUCCAAGAGAUAAACAACAGCUCUGAUCUCUUACCGGGCAUCACUUUAGGGUACCAUAUAUAUGACACUUGUGCCUCUGUGGCAAUGGCAAUCAAAGUAGCACUGCAACUUUUCAAUGGACUAGAUCCUGUAUUUAACUACAAUGAUCCCUGUGCAAAAUUUUAUGCAGUUCCCACACUAAUCGGAAAUUCAGCUUCCACUGCAGCUAUAAGUAUUUCAAGACUUUUUGGUCCUCUUAGAAUAACACAGAUAAGUCAUUACGCAACAUGUGCGUGUCUCAGUGACAAGCGGCAGCAUCCUACUUUCUUCAGGACCAUCCCAAGUGAUCACCAUCAAGCGGCAGCACUGGCACGGAUGGUCAAGCACUUCGGAUGGACGUGGAUCGGAGCUGUGCGCAGUGAUACAGACUACGGGAACAAUGGCAUGGCAUCAUUCCUUAAAGCUGCGGAGCAGGAGGGAAUCUGCGUGGAGUAUUCUGAGGCCUACUACAGGACCCAGCCACGCAGUAAACUAAAAAGAGUCGCGGACGUCAUUCGCGAGUCAACGGCUCGUGUAAUAGUUGCGUUCAUGGCCGAAGGUGAUAUAAGAAUUCUUUUAGAGGAGUUGAGCCAGCAGCCUCCUCCCCCGAUGCAGUGGAUCGGCAGUGAGGCGUGGGUUACAGAUCCAGAAAUGCUGCGGUUUAAUCUGUGUAUCGGUGCAGUGGGUUUUGCAAUCCCGCGGUCUGUUAUUCCAGGUUUUCGCGACUUUCUAUUUGACCUGUCUCCAAAACAAGCGCUGAAAUUCCCCCUGCUGACAGAAUUCUGGGAAAGUUCAUUUAGCUGUAAUUUAAAAAAGCAAUUAGGUUCAUCUACUGGUAUGCCAACAUGUGAUGGCACAGAGGACCUGCGCGCUUUACCGAACCCAUACACAGACACGUCCUAUUUAGUGUAUAAAGCCACUUACGCUCUAGCGCAUGUCCUCCAUGGCAUCGUCUGUAAUGAAAUGCGAUGCGAGAAAAACUUCAAAGUUGAGCCACAGCAGGUUUUUGAUCAACUCAAGCGAUUGAACUUCACUCAAAAUAAUUAUUCUGUUUCAUUUGAUACCAACGGAGACCCUGUGGCUACAUAUGAAUUUGUGAAUUGGCAGCUUCAGGGAGACGGUUCAGUUGAUUUUGUGACAGUUGGUCAGUAUGAUGCAUCCCAACCUAAAGGCCAAGAAUUCAGUUUGAUCAGAGCUAUCAUUUGGUAUGAUGGCAGUGAAAAGGUGCCUGUGUCUGUGUGCAGUGAGAGCUGUCCUCCAGGCACUAGGAAGGCUGCACAGAAAGGAAGACCUGUCUGCUGUUAUGACUGCAUUAGUUGUGGAGAAGGAGAAAUCAGUAAUGAGACAGGUGUAGGAGGACGCGAAGGAGAGAGCUCGAUUCGGUGUUGCUGUCCGUGCGAUACGGCUCUCUGCGUCGAACAUGGCACGUUUUAUCAUGUUGUGAGUGGGGUUAAUUUAGGCACCUGCAUCCUCCAAGCUGACCCUCAGCCCCCUGCACUUUUCAAGGAUGGAGACUUUGUCAUUGGAGGGGCUUUCACCAUUCAUUACUAUCUGAAGACAGAGAAGCACAUCUACAUUAGACGGCCACGACCACUUGAGUGCAGUGGCAGCAUGGACUUUAGGGAACUGCGCUUUGCUCGCGCAUUGGAGUUCUCCAUCCAAGAGAUCAACAACAGCUCUGAUCUUUUACCAGGCAUAACAUUAGGGUACCAUAUAUAUGACUCUUGUGGCUCUGUGCCAAUGGCAAUUAAAGUAUCUUUACAGCUUGCCAAUGGACUAGAUCUCAUUUUUAAUGACACUGAUUCCUGUGCAAAAUCGGCGGCAGUUACCGCACUUGUCGGAGAAUCUGGUUCCACACCGUCUAUAAGCACUUCAAGACUUUUCGGUCUCUUUGGAAUCCCGCAGGUGAGUCAUUACGCAACGUGCGCGUGUCUCAGUGACAAGCGGCACUAUCCUACUUUUUUCAGGACCAUCCCCAGUGAUCACCAUCAAGCGGCAGCACUGGCACGGAUGGUCAAGCACUUCGGAUGGACGUGGAUCGGAGCUGUGCGCAGUGAUUCAGACUACGGGAACGUUGGCAUGGCAUCAUUCCUGAAAGCUGCAGAGCAGGAGGGAAUUUGUGUGGAGUAUUCUGAGGCCUACUACAGGACCCAGCCGCGCAGCAAACUAAAAAGAGUGGCUGAAGUCAUUCGCGGGUCAACGGCUCGUGUUAUAGUUGCUUUCCUGGCCUCCGGUGAUAUGAGACUUCUUUUAGAAGAGCUGAGCCAGCAGCCUCCUCCCCCGAUGCAGUGGAUUGGCAGUGAGUCGUGGGUUACAGAUCCAGAAAUGCUUCGGUAUAAUUUAUGUAUCGGUGUAGUGGGUUUUGCAAUCCCGCGAUCUGUUAUCCCGGGUCUUCGUGAGUUUUUACUUGACCUGUCUGCAGUGCAGGCGGCAGAAUUUCCCCUGCUGACAGAAUUCUGGGAAAGUUCAUUUAGCUGUAGUCUAAAACGGCAGACAGGUUCUUCUACUGGUAUGCCAGUGUGUGAUGGCACAGAGGACCUGCGCGCUAUACAGAACCCGUACACAGACACAUCACAGUUGCGCGUCACAAAUAUGGUGUACAAAGCCACAUAUGCUAUAGCGCAUGCCCUCCAUAGCAUUGUCUGUAAGGAAAGUCAGUGUGACAAAAGCAUUAGAGUUGAUCCACAUGAGGUUUUUGAUCAACUUAAACGAGUGAACUUUACUAAAAAUAAUUAUUCCGUUUCAUUUGACACCAAUGGAGACCCUGUGGCCAGAUAUGAACUUGUGAACUGGCAACUUCAAGGUGGCAGUUCAGUUGAUUUUGUGACAGUGGGACAAUAUGAUGCAUCCAAGCCUAAAGGCCAGGAAUUUAGUCUGAGCAGAGCUAUACUCUGGUAUGAUGGCAGUAAAAAGGUGCCUGUGUCUGUGUGCAGUGAUCGCUGUCUUCCAGGUACAAGGAAGGCUGUGAAAAAAGGAAGACCUGUCUGCUGUUAUGACUGCAUUAACUGUGCAGACGGAGAGAUCAGCAAUAAGACAGAUUCGUUAGAUUGUCACAAAUGCCUACCUGAGUAUUGGCCCAAUAAUGAGAAGGACAAGUGUCUUCUUAAACCAGUAGAGUUUCUCUCCUGGGAUGAUAUCCUUGGGAUUAUACUGGCUGCUUUCUCUGUUGCUGGCUCUUUAGUGGCUUUGAGCAUAACUUUAGUGUUCUACAAAAACAGGACUUCUCCAAUAGUAAAAGCCAACAACUCAGAACUAAGCUUCCUGCUUCUUUUCUCACUGACUCUGUGUUUUCUCUGUUCACUUACUUUUAUUGGUCAGCCCACUGAGUGGUCCUGUAUGUUGCGUCACACAGCAUUUGGAAUCACUUUUGUCCUCUGUAUCUCCUGUGUUCUCGGGAAAACAAUAGUGGUGUUAAUGGCCUUCAAGGCUACACUUCCAGGAAGUAAAACCAUGAAAUGGUUUGGGCCUCCUCAACAGAGACUCAGUGUUUUAGGCUUCACUCUUGUACAGGUACUUAUAUGUGUGCUUUGGUUAACAAUAUCCCCUCCUUUUCCUUACAACAAUAUGCAACACUACAAAGAAAAGAUUAUUCUAGAAUGCAAUUUAGGAUCAUCAAUAGGUUUCUGGGCUGUACUGGGUUAUAUUGGUUUCCUAGCUUUCCUUUGCUUUGUUUUAGCCUUUCUUGCCCGAAAGCUGCCUGAUAACUUCAAUGAGGCUAAGUUCAUCACAUUCAGUAUGCUCAUCUUCUGUGCUGUAUGGAUCACCUUUAUUCCAGCAUAUGUCAGCUCUCCAGGAAAAUUUACUGUAGCUGUGGAGAUUUUUGCUAUUUUAGCAUCAAGCUUUGGUCUGAUUCUCUGUAUUUUUGCUCCAAAGUGUUUCAUUAUUGUAUUUAGGCCAGAGCAGAAUACCAAAAAACACCUAAUGGGUAAGGAACCAUCAAAAGCCCUUUGAGUCACACAACAAAGCACUGCAAAGGUGCACACAGUAAUUAACAUUGGACAUUAAUAUGCUGUGUAUCUAAAGCAUCAGUGGUUAUUAUUUUCUUCUUAAUGUUUGUGCUGUAUAUGCAAGUAUAUUCUUUCUGGUCCUCAAAUUUGAUUGACUGAUAAGAGUGUGAGAUUAGAGUCCAGUUUCACCAUUUUUAUCACUCUGCUUGCCAAAGUUGUCCUAUUUCUCAGAGCGGGUUUCAUGGAAUUUUUUUUUUUUUUUUUUUUUUUUUGCAAUAAUGUACUUGUUUUUACCUCAAAUAUGCAGUUUGUUAAUACAUAUGACAUCUAUUCAAAAUUGCUUUGACGUUUUCUGAGAUGUGAGCUCCAGGGCAUCAGCAGCCAUUCAGCAUUUAUAAACCUGCCGAGAGCGCCUCACCUCGGUCAGAUCUUCUAGAAUUUGCUGCUGACUCUGAUGUCUCUAUAGUGGGUAAAUAUAACAAACAGUCUAUGGUCUCAUUUAUCUAUUAUUUGUUCCAGAGGAAAUCAUUUUCGCUGAGGGCAUUUGUAUUUGUAACUUCAAUUCUGAAUCAGAGCACUGUCUUUGUACUUUUGACAGAAUUUCCUAGAAACAUUUAUGAUGGCUGUUGUUGUUGUUGUUGUUUAUUAAAUAUUAUUGUUUAAUAAAUAAUGUUUUAUCUAAAUAAUAGUACUCGUAGUAUUUAAUAAUAGUGUUUACUAUUGUCACAAGUCGGUCAGUCUCAUCACCCACAGCGCAUUCCCUCACUCGAGCCUUAAUCAGCACUUGUUCACAAUCCAAUCAUUUAAUCACCAGCACCUGAUCUUAUUCACUCACCACAACAUAGAAGCACACAUCUCAGUCAGCAACUUUGUCCGAUCUCGUAGCUGCACAGCAAUAGAGGCCGAGGCCGGGGUUGGAGCCUAGGCCUUAGAGCCAGAUGCCUCCCCAUGGCCUCCCCAGUCUCCAGAUCUGCCCUGGAGGUCAUCCUCUACUCCACCCUGUUCCUGUCCUGCACCAACUGCAUGUGUCUAUUUGUUUAUUUGGGCAAUGAAAUGCUUUUAAAUAAUGUCAACAUGGUUAUCAAGUGUUAAGUAUGGUUACACACAACAAUAAAAUAGAGAAAUUUUACCAACAUGAGUUUGGUAAACAGUGGUAGUGGUGCCUAUACAUUUACAAACAAUAUAACAGUCAUAAUCUAACAAUAUGAUGAACGAGAAUAAAAUAUUGAGCACAUAGACUGGGUCACUGUCAUGUAAGUUAAUAACAUUUUAUUUUGACAUUUUUCCUGUAAUUCCCUUCUUAGUAUUUAAAUCAGGCCUUAAUAGAAUUACAGAACAUUUAGGUAGAA